ACCCAAAGCACACAGCAAACAUAAGAGGCGCAAAGAGAAGAUCAAUAAGGAAGAGAAAACAGAACAUAUUAGAGGUGAUCAAUAUAAGAGGCCAGAGCGCAGAAGAAAGCAUGGGUUCUACGGAGCAUAAAAGAGCAGCGUUGAAUGACAAGUUGCAACAGCUUCGUGCUGCCACCAACUCUAGUGCUCGGAACAAAGCUUCAAUUAUAGUAGAUGCAUCCAAAUAUAUAAAGGAGUUGAAGAGAAAAGUCAAAAGACUGAAUAAAGAUGCUGGAACUUCACAAAGUUCGAGUGCGCAAACUCCAUUGCCUGCGCAAGUUACAGUGGAAACCCUAGAAAGGGGUUUCCUUAUUAAUGUGUUCUCGGGAAAAAAUUGUCCUGGUUUGCUCGUUUCGAUAUUAGAAGCCUUCGAGAAGCUGGGUCUUGAUGUGCACGAUGCUAGGGUUUCUUGUUCAGACGUUUUCCAGCUUGAAGCAGUUGGAGGAGAAAAUAAUCCAGAACACCUUCAUGGCUUGGAUGCUCAAGUGGUGAAGCAAGCAGUGCUGGAAGCUAUUAAGAGCUGGAGUGAAAGCAGUGGGCAAGAUUAAUAAGCCCAUAAUCUUAUUUCUUCCUCUUCUUCCCUCUGCGUGUAGUGCCUGAAAGUUAAAUUAUCCACCCCAGCUAGCUAGGGAAGCUUUAAGAUCGAUCGAUCGAUCUUCUGCCUAGCUAAAGCAAAAUUGCCUAUGGGCAUCGUUGAUUAUAAGUUUUCAACCAAUAGUAGUACUGUCAAAACACUAGCAAAUUAAGCCAAAAGCCCAGAAACUUUUGUAUUUAAUUUCAUGCUUGCGCUAAAUUAAAAUCA